AUGUCAAACCCAGGCCCAGCGGUGCAUGGGCAGAAACCUCCCAUGUCCACAAGCCUCACAAGGCACUGUGACCUGUGGAUCUCCAGCACUGCGCUGGGGACCUGCCUGUCCUAUGGGCACGUGAGAUGUACAACUGCCUGCACUGAGGAUUGCAGCUCAAACAAUCAAACUGCAGAAACAGGAACCAGUGGUAAUGAUGAUUUAUCAGUAAACUCUACAAGUGGGAACAAGACCUCUGGAGGUGGAAGCGAUGUGCCACUAUUGGACAGGGCAAUAAGUGAUCAGAACAAUGUAACACAGUCCAGCCCAGUUCUGGAUCUCAAGGCAGAACAUGUUGGCAUGACUUCUGUCAACUUGACGUGGGCAGAGAAUGACACUGCUUCCAACUCCUACACGUACAGGACGGAGUUUGUAAAUGGUACCUCCAGGACAAACCUGACAUCCAGUGUCACCAAAGCUGAAAUUACUGGGUUAAUCCCUGGGACAUCUUACACUUUCACAGUAUUUGCAGUAGCAGCUGAUGGUGAGACAGAAGGAGAAGGGGUGUCCAUAGUCCUGUAUACAAAGCCCAGCCCAAUCCAUGAUCUCGAGGUGGAAUACGUUGGUGCUGAGAAAGUCAACUUAACAUGGGCAGUGAGCGACGCUGCUUCCAACUCCUACACGUACAGGAUAGAGUUUGUAAAUGGUACCUCCAGUACGAACCUGACAUCUGGUGUCACCAAAACUGAAAUUACUGGGCUAAUUCCUGGGAUGAUGUACAAUUUCACAGUAUUUGCAGUAGCAGCUGAUGGUGAGACAGAAGGAGAAGGGGUGGCCCCAAGCCUGUAUACAAAGCCCAGCCCAAUCCAUGAUCUCAAGGCAGAAUAUGUUGGUGCUGAGAAAGUCAACUUGACAUGGACAGUGAGCGACGCUGCUUCCAACUCCUACACGUACAGGAUAGAGUUUGUAAAUGGUACCUCCAGUACGAACCUGACAUCUGGUGUCACCAAAACUGAAAUUACUGGGCUAAUUCCUGGGACGAUGUACAAUUUCACAGUAUCUGCAGUAGCAGCUGAUGGGGAGACAGAAGGAGAAGGGGUGUCCCUAAGCCUGUAUACAAAGCCCAGCCCAAUCCAUGAUCUCAAGGCAGAAUAUGUUGGUGUGAAUUCUGUCAACUUGACAUGGACAGUGAGCGAUGCUGCUUCCGACUCCUACACGUACAGGAUAGAGUUUGUAAAUGGUACCUCCAGUACGAACCUGACAUCUGGUGUCACCAAAACUGAAAUUACUGGGCUCAUCCCUGGGACGAUGUACAAUUUCACAGUAUUUGCAGUAGCAGCUGAUGGUGAGACAGAAGGAGAAGGGGUGUCCCUAAGCCUGUAUACAAAGCCCAACCCAAUCCAUGAUCUCGAGGCAGCAUAUGUUGGUGUGAAUUCUGUCAACUUGACAUGGGCAGUGAGCGAUGCUGCUUCCGACUCCUACACGUACAGGAUAGAGUUUGUAAAUGGUACCUCCAGUACGAACCUGACAUCUGGUGUCACCAAAGCCGAAAUUACUGGGUUCAUCCCUGGGAUGAUGUACAAUUUCACAGUAUUUGCAGUAGCAGCUGAUGGUGAGACAGAAGGAGAAGGGGGGUCCCUAAGCCUGUAUACAAAGCCCAGCCCAAUCCAUGAUCUCAAGGCAGAAUAUGUUGGUGUGAAUUCUGUCAACUUGACAUGGGCAGUGAGCGAUGCUGCUUCCGACUCCUAUACGUACAGGAUAGAGUUUGUAAAUGGUACCUCCAGUAUGAACCUGACAUCUGGUGUCACCAAAACUGAAAUUACUGGGCUCAUCCCUGGGACGAUGUACAAUUUCACAGUAUUUGCAGUAGCAGCUGAUGGUGAGACAGAAGGAGAAGGGGUGUCCCUAAGCCUGUAUACAAUUCCUGCCUCAGUGAAUUCAUUUCAGUGCGACCCAGUGGCGAAGCAGUCUUUCCUAAUGCUGAAGUGGAAAUGUCCUUCUGGUAACAAUUCUGGCUUCAAAAUUAAAAUAUUUAAUGGUACAUGGGAAAAAGAACAACGAACUCCAUCCUGCAUGACAGAAGGCUUAGAGGAAAACUUCACAACAGCAUCUUUAGAUUAUUUCAGCACAUAUAAUGUUACUAUUGCAACUCUUCUCAAUAGUUCUGAGAGCCAUCCAGUGCAGAAAAUGUGUAAUACAAGCAUUACUGACCCACCUGCUCCAAGCAAAGCUCCUUUAGUCAAGGCAGUCAGUCACAGCUCAUUCUCUGUUGAAUUCUCUGAUUUUGAGUCAGUGAAUGGACCAUUAAAAGCCUAUGCUGUAAUGAUCACAACAGAAGAACAAGGCUGUGAGUCUAAAUUGAAGUCUAAAUUGAACAACACGUACAAAGAUUUCAAGAAGAAGAUGACAGUCACCUAUGUUACAUAUGUCAUAAAGACAGAGCAGGAAAAAUCAUCUUCUUUCCAUUCUCAGAAUGGUACAAACGUCGUUGAUGUGGGCAAGGGAAACACGAUGUAUGGCUACGAAAAUGGACCAUUGAUUCCACUGCAUUCAUACAGGGCAAGUGUUGCAGGUUUCACUAAUAUAACCUUUACUAUGGCCAACAUCAUUGUGGGGGAAGAGAGUUAUGUAUCGUUUUCACCCUGUUCUGAGGCGGUUUUGCUACCCCAGGAUCCAGGUGUUAUUGCUGGAGCCGUUAUUGGAUGCCUUUUAGCUAUAUUGGCUGUAGUUGCUAUUGGGGGUUUCAUAUUCUGGAGAAGGAGAAGGAAAGAUAAAAGAAAUACUGAAGUGUCCUUUUCUCCAAUCAAAAUCAAGAAAUCAAAAAUGAUUAAAGUGGAGAACUUUGAGUCCUACUUUAAGAAGCAGCAAGCUGACUCCAACUGUGGUUUUGCUGAAGAGUAUGAGGAACUGAAGUCUGCUGGUGUUCAUCAGCCCAAAUUUGCUGCUGAACUUGCUGAGAACAGGGGAAAAAAUAGAUACAACAACGUCUUACCAUAUGAUAUUUCUCGUGUUAAACUUUCAGAUCAAAGCUCUGCAACUGAUGAUUAUAUUAAUGCAAACUAUAUGCCUGGCUAUAACUCAAAGAAGGCAUUUAUUGCUGCACAGGGUCCUUUACCCAAUACUAUAGAAGACUUCUGGCGCAUGAUUUGGGAAAAGAAUAUCUACUCUAUCGUUAUGUUGACAAAAUGUGUUGAACAAGCCCGGACAAAAUGUGAGCAAUACUGGCCAGACAAACAAUCCAAGAGCUACGGUGACAUUAUUGUGACAAUGGUCUCAGAGGUUGUCCUUCCAGAAUGGACAAUAAGGGACUUCACUGUAGAAAAGUCAAACAAGCCAGAGAGCCACACAGUGCGCCAAUUCCAUUUCACCUCCUGGCCAGAUCAUGGAGUGCCGGAGACAACAGACCUUCUCAUCAACUUUAGACACCUUGUUCAUGAGUACAGCAGUCAAAAUCCUGUUGACUCUCCUACUCUGGUGCACUGCAGUGCUGGUGUCGGGAGGACAGGGACGUUCAUUGCCAUUGACCGCCUGAUUCAGCAGAUUGAAAUGGAGAACACUGUGGAUGUGUAUGGAGUGGUGUAUGAUCUUCGCAUGCACCGACCCUUGAUGGUGCAAACUGAGGACCAGUAUGUCUUCCUAAACCAGUGUGUUAUGGAUAUUAUUAGAUCCCAGAAGGACAAGAAAACUGAUCUUAUUUACCAAAACAUGACAGCAAUGGCAAUCUAUGAAAAUUUCACACCUGGGCCAGGCUUCGGGAAGGCCAAUGGCUACCACGCGUAGUCUGGAAGGAACGCAGUGUCCCAGGAGAUGUUACCUGCGCAUAGGGAAGGGAGAUGUUCUACUCAUCUUUUCCAGGACUGUGUGCAGUGUCUCAUGUCUGGCUUCUCCAGUUCUGUCCACAUUCGAAGAUGUGAUCUACAGGAGGAAAAACACAACGCUGGCAGAAGCCGCAGAUUGCUAUUCAAAAAAAAAAAAGCAAAACUGUUUAAAGUUAACAGAGGAAUCUUGCUUUUUCUUGGGAAUUUAACAGUGCUGAUGGUGAAAUAGCAUUUGCAGUAUGAACAGUGAACUAGAAUUUAAAUAUUAAUAACACAAGCUUUUUAUUACAAUUUUAUAUGAUUUCAUUUACAGACACAAGGCUUGUGGGCUGUUUUAAUAUAUUUAAUUAUAAGUUUCAGGAACAUAUUUUAUCUACUGUAUCUGGUUACUUAGCUAAUAGAUAUGUGCCUCUGUGAUUUAUUUUUUUUCUGUGUUCCUUUUAUUUAAAAAA